CAGUCCAGUAGUGGGCGGAAAUGCAGGAUUGGUUUGUCAAACGCCAGAACAAGUAUUGCUUUCUUGUGCUUGCAUUGGUUGUAAACACAGACACAACUCACUUAAAUUUCUGUAGUUUUAGAUGUUUGGUCUUUGUCUUGAACUUGAAGCUUCAUAUGAUGUCGUGCGCAGCUGUAAACUGUACAAAUCGCCACUCACAAGGAUCUAGUGUACAAUUUUUUCGUUUCCCUUUAGGUGAUAACAGCAGGCUGCAGCAGUGGCUGGUGAACAUCAGACGGGACAAGUGGAAGCCAACUCCCUCUUCUCGCCUAUGUUCUCUCCAUUUUGAAGAUAACUGUUUCUUUACAAACAAUAAGGGCCAAGUGCGCCUUACUACAGCUGCUGUUCCCACCAUCUUUUCUUUCCCUGACCACUUGCAAAAGUGGUCACAACACACCAGGCGAAGGCAGAGGAGUGGAGAUGUUGUAUUGAGAGACGCUGAAGCUGUGGAGGAGAUUGUGAGGGUUAUUGUGGAUGAAAGCAAUGGGGCAUCAGAGAUUCAUCCCGGUGGACGAUGUAACAUUUCAUAUAGCCAUUUACCCUGCCGUCCUUCUGUGCCAUCAGACACAGUUUGUCAUCCAUUGGAUCACACUUACAUGGCCGAAUCGGCAGAGACGCUGACGAACAAUUUAAACUUGGCCAAGGGUGAGCUUGCGGCCUACAGGAAACAGCUGAAACUGCAGAGCGCCAGGAUUAGAAGGUUGAAGAAGAAAGUGACUUCACUGUCCUCUAUUGUUUCAGAGUUAAGACAAGAGAGAAGACUUUGAUUUGUUUUAAAUUGUAAUAAAAGCUCUUUUUGAAAAAA